AUGUUUGGAUUUUCAAAAUUUAUCGAAUUUUCUGGGGCAUUUGUGGAAAAUCCUGUAGUAUUAACUUGUGAUAAUGCUCCUAUUCACACUUCGAAUGUCCCAGUCAUUGAUGAUAGUAAUGAGCAUGGUGUGAUUAUCAUUACCCUGUCGCCUCAUACUACUAAUCGAAUGCAACAGUUGGCUGCCGCUUGUAUGAGACCAUUGUUAAUUGCAUAUGGUAAUGUUGUGAAAGAGUGGACGGAUGAUCACAUUGGUGAAGUGGUAACACACUGCGAACUUCCACAGUUAUUGGACCAGGAUUUUGAAGUAGCUGCAGUAAGCUCUUCAGCGAAAAAUGAAUUAAAAAAGACUGGUAUUUGGCCAUUCAAUAAGGAUUAUUUUACUGAUAAAGAUUUGGCUCCCGGUGAACUGGUGAACAAUCUCAAUCAAAUUCCACCUCAACCAGUGCAGGUCCCAGUGAUGCCACAACACUACAGAUAG